UGUGCCCAGAAAGGGUUCCACAUUGCCGACACUGGACACUGAAGGGUCCCUAGGGAGCAGCGAUGGCAUGGCACGGGCAGACACCGGGCUCCUACACACUCUAGCGACUUCCACCAUGUUGACAGAUGAUCUGUUACUAAAUGCUGAGUUCACCCAGUACAGUCCGUUCCCAACACUGCCAUCCUGCUGCGAGCUGGAUUCAGAACUGGAGGAAUUGCUGUCUCAGAGUGUGGAACAGACCAUGACAGAGCUGGACUCCUCCGUAUCCCCUGACCUUCCUGAGAUCACACCUCUCUGCACAGACACUUGCCACAGUUUCCUGAGAGAGAGUGCAGAACAGCUGCAGUAUCCUCCUCCUAUGCCCAUGGUGGUUCUAGGGGUUGACUUGUGCCAGUUUGACAGUCUACAGAUAGCCUCUGACUUCAACACAGUCUCAGAUGAUAAGGGGUUCACAUGUCCGUACGCUGGUUGCGGCAAGCUGUACGCCAAGUCCUCCCACCUGAAGGCGCACCUGCGCCGACACACCGGAGAGAAACCGUUCCCCUGCACCUGGCCCGGUUGCGGGUGGCGGUUCUCCCGGUCCGAUGAGUUGGCCCGCCACCGCCGUUCCCAUUCCGGAGUCAAGCCCUACGCCUGCGUCAUGUGCGAAAAGCGGUUUGCGAGAUCCGACCAUCUCGCCAAACACACCAAGGUGCAUCGCAGGAACCGGUGGAUUCAACAGAAGUCCAGAUGCUACACUGCACUGUGAUACUCGGUUGCUGUACUGAUUACAGUUCGUUACUAUGACUAAUGUAGUUAAGAAUGAUUCUGUCAUAAAUCACUUUAACUGCCGCCUCCUAAUUUUGACAACUUUCAUUGCCGCCCAUUUUAAUGAUUUUUAAAAUGAUAGGCUAAAUAAAUUUUUUUAACUAAUUAUAAGAAAACCAUGGGGCUUACAUUUUUUGAAAGAGAGUUCUUUCUCUUUCUAUGCAAAUGCUCAUGCAUAAAUAUUUUAAAACCUAAACUCUUGUUUUAAAAUUCAAUGUAAAAAAAACAAAAUAAAAAGUUAACAAAAAAUAUCAGCAUGUACUAGUCUAAAACAUAAAUGUAUUUCUCAUUAUUAUUUGCUAUAUUCAGCAUUUAUUGUCAUUACUGUCACUAUAGCUACACAUAUUUAAAUUGAAAUCCAUUUAUAUUUAAAUAUUUUUUUAGUGUGGAAAGUCUUGAAACAUUGUUUUUGCACAUGGCAAUUCUGAACUCGCUACACUGAUAGUAAGUGUCAAUUCUUGUAGUCUUUCCUGAUUGUUUCUUAGUUAUCAAUCUUAGAUAAAACGAUAAAAGUUUUUUUUACUAAUUUGCUUAUAUUUGUUAUUUGGCUAAAAAAACAAUGUCUACAAUCUCAAUUGCAUCUCCAAGAAGUCCAGUAGUAAAAUCAGGAUCAUUAUCUGUGUAAUCUUGGAAUAAAUCAUCACUUUCACUGUCACUUGAAAAUCUGAGUAAAUCUUCUGGUACUUGAUUGUCACUUCUAUACUGUCAAGAUCUGUUGUAUUUAAUCACAAAACAAACGGUUUAAACUAAAGUAAUAGCAAGCAAAACAAUAACAAUGCAGACGACAAAUUAGAAAAACGACAACAAACGGCCGACACGACGCGACGACGAGUUCGUAAGUAAACCAUUUUCCCGAUAUUCCAGACGACUGCCAACAUUCAUACAUCAAAAUCCAUACAGUAAGAAAUAAAAACAUGGAAAUAGCGAAUUACUAUCAAUGCCGAAGUUAAAAUACGUUUAAAUGCACUUUUAUUACUACUGUAAAAGUUGGCGGCGUCAAAAGACGUUGUCGGCAGUGAAAGUGUUACAGUUUUCAAAAAAUAGAAAAACUUCAUUGAAAUCACUUAAUACUCAGUCGAUGUUUAAAGAAAUAGAAGUGUUUGAAAUAUUAACCAAUGUUUAUGCCAGUUCUUGUAUGAACAAUUUUACUAAGUGAUUAUACUUAACAAAAUUGAAACUAUGAAAAUAACAGUGUUCAUAGUAACUUCAAAAUUUUCACACUGCAUCUAAUUAUUUUAAAUUUAAAAAUCAAGCACGUUGCUUAAUGGUGAAAGGAAAAAUGUAAAUAUAAGCAAACCUUAAUUAGAUUUAAAAUUUUCAAUGUUUUAAAAAGUAUACGUAAAUUCCUCUUAUGACUUCUCUAUGUACAAAUUACAUGCUGUCUAGAAUUAUAGGCAAUAUAUUAUGUUUAACAUGAGUAGUAAAUCG